UUCGGCCUCAAAGAGCGCAGUUGAAUUUGUGACAGCUAUAACGGCAGUUGGAAGUGCUUAACAAACGCUUGACAAAAUGUAUAAACUACGACUACUUUGCUUGGCCACUGUGGCUGCUUUGGUCAUCUUGCUGCAGUGUCAGUGUCAGGCGGCGUCGGCAGCUGGCAGUCAGUUUGAUGCGCUGAAGAGUCAAUUUUUGCCGGCCGAAUAUAAAAAUCGCAAUUUCACAAUGGAUGAGCUGAAGAAAGUAUUGCGCGAGAAGUGCAAGAAGGCCGCGGGCAGUGAGGAGAAUUCCACGUUAUACCAAGAGAUCGAUAAAGGCGCCGCUGUGCUGACUACCUGCCUAGCUGGCUUGGCCAAUAUGACAGCGCUGCAGCAGGAAAUCGAGGAGGCGCGCCCCAUUGGUGAGUUGGACACCGUCUUCAACAAAUACUGCGACAAGGCACCUCAGGCAGCCAAUUGCUUGCGCGAAUUCAAUGCCAAAGUGCAACCCUGUCUGAGCUCGAAGGAGAAACAACAGAAUGUUAUACUGAUGCGCAUCGCUACGGGGCUGAUUGAUUUUAUGUGUUCGCGUGGUGGCGAUCAUAUAGCGCUCUUCGUGGCCGAAGAGGGUCCCGAAUGCUUGGAAGCGAAUCGUGACGCAAUUAAUAUGUGUUUGAAUACUUCAUUCCACGAAUUCCUGCCAAAGGACAUUAAGGUGCCCGAUCUGUUUGAUUUGCCCGAACUGGUGUUGGAGCCAGGCCACUGUGUCGAUCUGGAACGUUUCCAGAGCUGCACCAUCCACCAUCUGGAGCAGUGUCGAGAAAUAACGCCGGCUAAUGUGGCCGAAUCGGUAUUUAAGUUCAUUAAGAACGAGACAAGUUGCAAUCAACACAUGGCGGCUAAGGCGAAUGAACGUUCCGUACUACUAAAGGCGGGAGAACGAAAUGGUGGUGAGGUGAGCAGUGCGGUCGGGAUGAUGGGUCUGCUGCUCAGCAGCGGGCUGACGUGGCUUGUGAGUCGAGUGAUGAGGCUGUAAGGCGGUGGAUCGGUGAAGAAAUUAGGUUUUUUUAAGUCGUAAAAUCAUAAGUUAUCGAUAAAUAAGUAUUCAGUGGUUAGAAUUCUAUCGAUUAUUUAUCAAUACAUAGUGCUGCAAAUCGAGUUAAAUGAACAAAUUUGUCAAAGUGAUCAAAUAAAACAAAGCGUAUUGAUUAAAAUCGAUAAAUUAUUAUCGAUUGUUAUUGAUAUUUUAUCGGAAUAAAUCGAUAUGGAUAUGUUAGCGAAAUACA